UCGUUAACAUCAUAUAUAUAUAUAUAUAUGCCUUGGUGGGUCGAAAGAAUGAUUGGCUUCUGCACAGCCAUGGCUGCCUCUUGAAAAGUUGCAGAAAUCUUGAGGAUGCAAGAUAUACGCAUACGGCAGCAGAAUCGUGCGGUGAGCGAGGGGAGAGGAUGACAGAGCAGGACGCGGAUGCGGAGAUGGCGGCGAUUCUGAGAGAAACAUUUGGGGAUUCGCAGUCAGACAGCGACGCUGAGGAGUCAGAGUCUUCGCGCAAUCGUCGACCACUCCAUGAUUCAACUCACUCAAUAUUUGGGGAUACACAUAUUUGGGAACCUAUUCCUGAAAUCAGCGGACUCUGGAUUUCUAGAGAUUUUUUAUCUGCCGAUCAACAAUCUGCUUUGCUCUCUGCUCUCGAAAAAGAUGGAUAUCUGGCUGAAGACUCUCAUAAUCAGGCGAUGAAAUUUGGGGAUCUGCCAGAUUGGGCGAUGGAACUUUCAUAUUACAUUAGAGAGGAUGUGGCAAUAACAAGCGAUAACAGUAAAGCAGCCUGUGUAUUUCCAUCAGACUUGUUAUGGAGGGAGCCAUUGUUCAACCAGUUUAUAGUGAACAUAUACAAGCCAGGUGAGGGAAUCUGUGCACAUGUUGAUCUUAUGAGAUUUGAAGAUGGAAUAGCAAUAGUCUCCCUGGAGUCAUCAUGUCUGAUGCAUUUUAGCCCGGUUGAAGAUGAGAAUGCGGAGAAGAAUUCAGCAAAGAUCCCUGUGCUUUUGAACCCGGGAUCGAUUGUUUUGAUGUGGGGCGAGGCUCGGUAUCGAUGGAAGCACGAGAUUAAUCGGAAGCCGGGUUUUCAGAAAUGGGAUGGCGAAGAAAUUGAGCAGAAAAGGAGAGUAUCUGUGACAUUAAGAAAGCUGUGUUGUGUGUAGCCAACAAUCUCCGUGGGGCAUGAUUCAUUUGACUAGAUCUUACGUAUGUUAUUUUAUAGCCCAAUAUAGGUUGAGAUAUGUAUAAACAUAUUAUUUCUUAUUAUUAA